AUGCGGUCCACCCACUGUGCCCCUUCGAGGGAGACCCAACCUCGCCGGCGUGAGAAAGGCGGCAACAUCUACACACCCUCAGGAUAUGUCGUCUUUUCAAAGGAUCUGGGGAAGUUCCACAGAGCCGUCUACCAGGGUGAACUCGAGAAAGUGUGGAAGAUGGUUUGCUAUGACAGAGACGUGCUGAAUACGACGGACAAGAAGCACAGGACUGCUCUCCAUUUGGCCUGCGCCAACAGAGAUGUGCAGGUGGUGACUCUCCUGCUGGACAAGAAAUGUGACCUUAACCCCUGUGACAGUGAAAACAGGACACCGCUGAUGAAGGCCGUACAACGCCAGGCACAGAGAUGUGUGAUUACGCUGUUAGAACGUGGUGCUGAUCCCAAUGCUGUGGACGUGUACGGCAACACUGCUCUCCACUAUGCUGCCUAUAACGGAGACUUAUCAAUAGCAGCAAAACUACGUGCUCACGGUGCCACUCUCGACACAACAGAUCAGGAGCAACGCACACCACUUUUGCUCGCUCUGAGAGAAAGGAAAGUGGAAGUGGCGGAAUUUUUAAUAAAAGAAAGAGCCAAUGUGAAUGUAGUGGAUAGCCUGGAAAG